CCUAUGACAAACGGGUUCAUGUUGCGUAGUACUUGGAAUGACAUUUUGGGCGUGAUAAAAGCUGAAAAGCACAGUCUGCCUGUAGUGUCGUGUUGACCUAUGGACUAACCAAACCAAAUAAUUAGAUUUAUCUUCUAAAAACAUUACUCUAUGCCACAGGACUAUGUUUCAUUUCCUUUCACAGUCUUCCACAAACCACGCCAGCUUCAUCAAAGUCUAAUUUCACCCAGAAGUGUGUCGUCACAAUGACAAAGGGACAACAAAACACACACAAACUCACAUAGAAACGUGUUCCUAGCUCCUUAGCGUAUAUUGGAAAAAUAAAUCAUGGUUCUUAAAAAUAAUAGCCACAACAAUACAAUUUUCUAAGGAAAUGUCCCCACAUGUACAACUACACCAGAGCACAGGCACACACUGGUUUUUGUACCUUGGUUUGUGUUCUUCUCACAUAGACAGAUACAGUAUUCACUUGACCCUAACCCUCACUCCAAGCUAAAUAUUCAACCUCACUCAAUCGUGAUUUGCAAAAUGUCUCUAACUGUAUCCUUGUUCCCAGCCCGCGGACACGCGGCAGUUUGGAUGGUAGUCACAGCAGUUUACCUGUGAUGCAGUUUUCUUUCCUGCCGUUUGAUUUCGUGCACAUCUCGCCGCCCUGAUGUCUGAUGAAUCAGGACCGUGCUCCCCUGGGUGAACACAGCCUCCCAUGCAGCUCCGCGGUGAUGAAUAUACAGUGGACUAGGUGUGGGUGAAAUAAUAAACGACAUAUUUUUAGAGGGGAGGAAAGCAGGAAGGAAGCUGCGGCUGAGGCUGUAGGAGUUUGAGGAGCUGUCCAGCUGCUGAAAGCUCGUCAAACCGCCCUUCGAUUAGUUGUCAAAGCCCUGGGAGGACUGAUGUAAUUGCAACUAUCUGAGAAAAUAAACAAUAUGUGUGACUUCCAAGUGCAACCCGAACACAUUUGACCAGUAAUUACACUCGCCGAACCAAUUUGGACCAAAAUAACGAUCGGCCGUAGAUCAAUAGCUGGGAUGUGUAACGAGUGUCAGUCGCAGCCAGGGAUGCAGGAGAAUGCACGCAGGAGGGGUGGAGUUCCCAGCUUUUACUUUUCAGGCGCUCCUCUGGCAGAGGAGCUCAUUCUUUGCCUGGGAAGGAGCGGGGAGGUGCGGCAGCUGAUGCGCCCCGGCAGUUGAACUCACAUUAGUCAGAUCAGUCUGCUCAGCGCUGCAGCCUGCCGGUCAUAAACUUUCCAUGCUGUUGUCCGUCCAAUGGACAGCACUUAGGAGGUUUGCCUGGACAGUACCUGCUCGCCUGUGCGCUGCGCUCCGCCUCUCCUCCUUUGGCCGUGCAGGUUCAGAGGCACUGACGCGGGUCGGGGUGUUGGCACCGCAUCUCCUGCCAACAUGGAAGGAGACGUUAUAGAGAAAGUAGAGGCCACGGCGACCGUCUGUGAUCUCGACCCCAUCAGUGGCAGCAUCCCCGCCACCAAAGUGGAGAUCACCGUGUCCUGCAGGAACCUCUUGGACAGAGACACUUUCACCAAAUCUGACCCACUGGUGGUGUUAUACACCCAGGGCGUGGAGUGCAAACAGUGGAGGGAGUUUGGCAGAACGGAGGUGAUCGACAACACCCUGAACCCAGACUUUGUCAGGAAAUUCAUCCUGGACUAUUUCUUUGAGGAGAAGCAGAACCUGCGCUUCGAUGUGUACGACGUCGACUCCAAAAGUCCAGAUCUGGCAAAACAUGACUUCCUGGGCCAGGUCCACUGCACGCUGGGGGAGAUCGUUGGCUCACCCGCCAGUCGACUGGAGAAGCCUCUGGGAGGCAUACCUGGGAAAAAGUGUGGCUCCAUUAUCCUGUCAGCUGAAGAGCUGGGCAACUGCAGGGAUUAUUCCACCAUGCAAUUCUGUGCGAACAAACUGGAUAAGAAGGACUUUUUUGGAAAGUCUGAUCCCUUCAUGGUUUUCUACAGAAGCAAUGAGGACGGCACGUUCACCAUCUGUCACAAGACUGAAGUGGUGAAGAACACUCUGAACCCCGUGUGGCAGCCCUUCUCCAUCCCUGUCAGAGCUCUCUGCAACGGAGACUAUGACAGGACAAUCAAAGUGGAGGUGUAUGACUGGGACAGAGAUGGAAGCCACGACUUCAUUGGUGAAUUCAUAACCAGCUACAAAGAACUGUGUCGGGGUCAGAGCCAGUUAAACAUCUACGAAGUGAUGAACCCCAAGAAGAAAAUAAAGAAGAAGAGAUAUAUCAACUCUGGAACGGUGUCCCUGUUGUCAUUUAAUGUGGAGUCGGAGCACACGUUCCUGGAUUACAUCAAGGGAGGGACGCAGAUUCACUUCACAGUGGCCAUUGAUUUUACUGCAUCAAACGGAAAUCCGUCCCAGUCUACUUCCCUCCACUACAUGAACCCAUACCAAAUGAAUGCCUACGCCAUGGCCCUGAAGGCCGUGGGAGAGAUUAUCCAGGACUACGACAGUGAUAAGAUGUUCCCUGCGUUGGGUUUUGGUGCUAAGCUUCCUCCAGAUGGAAGAGUCUCCCACGAGUUCCCCCUUAAUGGAAACGUGGAGAACCCAUACUGUAACGGCAUGGAGGGGAUUCUAGAAGCUUACCAUCAAAGCCUUAAGACGGUUCAGCUCUAUGGACCCACCAACUUCGCCCCUGUUGUGAAUCAUGUGGCCAGAUAUGCAGCAGCAGUCGAGGAUGGCUCUCAGUAUUUUGUCCUGCUCAUUAUCACUGAUGGCGUCAUUUCAGACAUGGCUCAGACCAAAGAGGCCAUCGUGAAUGCAGCCAGACUUCCCAUGUCGAUCAUCAUUGUUGGCGUGGGUCAAGCUGAAUUUGAUGCUAUGGUGGAGCUGGACGGUGAUGACAUCAGGAUCUCCUCCAGAGGGAAACUGGCAGAGAGAGACAUUGUACAGUUUGUUCCAUUCAGAGACUACAUGGACCGCACAGGUAACCACGUGUUGAGCAUGGCCAGGUUGGCUAAAGAUGUGUUGGCUGAAAUCCCUGACCAGCUCAUCUCUUACAUGAAGAGCAGGGCUAUCAAACCCAACCCCGUGCCCCCGCCGUACUCACCUGCCGACCUGUCCCAGACCAACCCUGUCUGAUUCAGCCCACACGCUGCUGUGGGCGGUGGGCUGUGGCAGGGUCAGGGUACGGGUUGGUUUGAUGACAGUCACCGGAGCUCCGCUCCCACCAUCUAGUCCUUUUAAUAAAUACUGAGGCUUAACUAAAUAAUGAUGGUUCUGUGUUUGAACGUGGAGCUCAGAGACUGUUCUGAAGGAACCUGCUGAUGAUCAGCGGCGGUCUUUCUUCCUCUCUGGAGGCUGAGAGGAGCCCAGAGAAAGAGGAGGUUUUAUUUGUUUGCUGUCAAACUUGUCACAGUGGUAAUGUAAUGGAUAGCAAGUAAACCUGUAGAGAGAGCCUGAGUGAAGGCGUAAAUAUAUUAGAACGUGCCCGUGUGUAUCAUGUUCGUGAUACCUUUCGGAAUCGGCGUGUGUCAAGUUAGGCGACGAUGUGUGUGUUUAUUUAGUGACUGAUUUAUUCAUUGAAGAAAAUGUUUAUUCUUUAAGAGGGAUUUUAAAGUCAAGGGUUUUAUUUCCUAUCUCCGCUGUAGUUUUACAUCUUCUAUUUUGUGAGCAGUGUAAUAAAAGUACAAAUAUUUCUACUUUGAUAAGGACUGUAAUAUAAAAGCAUGUGUUGAAAAAAAUAAUCUACUGUAUCUAGAAGUUUAGGAAACAUUUUCAUGAUGGAUAGUUUUUCUUUUUUUUGAUUGAAGAAGACCUGCUGUGAGCUGUUGCCAUAAGAUUUCUAAUAUUUAUAACAGAAUGCACUAAAUACUGUUCAGAUAAAAAGCACAAAGACUAUGAUGUUAUUAAGCUGAGUAACAACCAUAAUAUAAAAAUAUAUAUAUAUUUAUUUAAAAACAACUAGGACAUUAAAAAUAAUGGAAAGGACCCAAUAUUUUAUUUUUCUUGUUUUAAGUUUAUUUUGCCUUAAUUUUUACCCAUUUACUGGAAUUUUACUGUCUCGAUCUGAUCCUCAGGAUCGGUAUUGAUCUGAUAAUGGUCAAAAAAACCCAAAACAACUAAAGCCGUCUAAUGUUGUACCUGUGCCCUAAUGCUCAACUUAACUUUUUGUGACAUGCCGUAAAUCGGCUGCAGCGUCUGUAACAAACAUAAAAAAAAAUACGUAUCAAACCAUCCGUCAUCUGUAUUUUUACAGAAAUGUUCAAAUGAACACCAGCUCACACAGACCCCUGUUAGACCACAGCAUCCGAGCUGCCAAAUGUCAUUCAUUAACUUUGCUGUUUGUUUCUUUCCAUUAUCUUUGUUGUGGUCGUAGAUUGUCGUCUGGGGAAUAAUAACUUUCAAGGAGCCUACGGAUAAACUUUGGAACGAUUAUUGUCUCUAACACCCCCCUCUUUAUGAAUCAUCACAGCGAGUAUCAGAUGUCGGACGACAGAGUAGUCGUUUAAUGGAAACAAGUGGCAGUAAAAAGGCCGUCUUUUCUGGGGAACAAAACUUUUUUGUUUCUGUAACUCAUCUUCCACACCACAUGGUUAGUCUUGGUAAAUGUUGAUUUGCUCAAAUCAAACCUUUGUUGUGUGCAUUGAAUUCUAUGGUACUUCACCUGGUCAUUUUCAUUAGCAUCAGCCAGUCACACAGUAUCUCUAUCCAAAGGUGCCUCUUCAAUAGAAACAUAUCUAAACUCCGUCGUCAGCAGCAGCAGCAGCAGCAGGUCUUAUAUUUACGUGUGCUCACAGAUGAGUGGCGGUGACUAUGGACACAGACACACGUCAGUCGUGUGCUUUUAUACUGACUUCUCUUCACCAGUGAUCUUUGAGGUCAUGAAACAGAAUUAACGGUGUUGCUUCGGUAUACAAAGUCAGGACUUGUUUACAAAUAACUGUGGGAAUUCACUUUGCAUCAAAUCAUUAAUGUUUGAAACUGAAUUUGUUACUAUCCACAGGGUCGACCCAGUCAGUUGUUUUAGGCCUUUAGUUGUCAAUGGUGAGGAUCUGGAACCAAGUCUCAGCCCCAUACUUCCCAUACUCUUGCAUGUGAACAUGGUUGUGGGUUUGAUUCCAGAACUGAAUAGUUCGAAUCUAGGGCCAAAAAGAUUAAGCGUAACCUGUAACGAAAGAAAAUUGGUCUGAUAAAAGAGUACAAAUAAGAACAGCAGAUCAGGUGUCUUCAACAAGAAGUCCAAGGCCCCCUAGAGUCCACAAGGGUACUGCAGGGGAGUCGUCAGUUUUCUUCCCUAUACUUUGUUUCACAAAUAUAAUGACUUCAAACGCACAUUAACAUGAGCGUGAGUGGAAAAAAAUGGAUGUUAUAUUUCAGUCUUAGGUUUAUACAUGUACAUGGCACUUGGCCCAGAGAUGAAUCCACUGGUGGUUCUCUGCUCCGUCUUCAUCAGUCUCUCGUGUGAUCCUUACUGUGUUGCCACAGUGACCUUGUCUUUUUCUACUUUCAUGUUGACUUUCGGAUAUUGAAAAAAGAUUUAAUUGGAAAGUCUUAAAUGCCGCUGCGGCUACGGCUUUGUGAGAGUCGAGAGUUUUGCAGCUGAUGAGGGUUUUUACUAGUCGUCUAUGGUUUUAUGGAAAAUGCUCAGUUUGUGGGAGCUGAUGUGAAACAUCUGCCGAGAGACUUGGUGAUCAUUUUGAAAAAAGAAAAUCAACAAACAAAAAAAAUCAUCAAAGCUGCUUUCAGCAAGAUUUAUUACAACAGGACUGGGACCUCACUGAGACGGAGGGUUUAUUUAUUUAUUUGUUUAUAUUCUUGUUACUUCUUGACUGAGGUAAAUCAUUUGAUGAGACCUCUUACCCCAGAUGUGUUAUUGCUGUCUGACACUGUUGUCAGACAAUGUGACUGAACAAUGGUCGAGCCUUUCUCUCACAGAGCCACCUCCAUGUUAUUCAUUAUUUCUGUCCUGUGUUAUAAUAAGUAACACUUAAGUAAAUACUAAAUCUACUCUAAUGGGUAUUAUACAUAAAGAUUAACUUUGAAUAUCAUUAAAGUCUAUAUAAGCUUUGCAAGCACUCCCUUUACAAUCUACUUUGAAAACUUGUUUUUAUUAUCGGUGAUAAAUUUUUAUUUCCCAACAGUUACAGGGCACUCAUUACUCAGAGCUUUGGCAGCACAGAGAAAAUCAGCACUGACUUCUAAUACUCAGAAUGGUGUCAAAAAUACUAGCAGUGAAUAGGACGAAGUACCACAUAAAGAGCAGGUGUUGUCACUCGCUCAGAUAGUUUGGGUUAUAAAUACCAGGCCAGGAAUUGAUGGAAAAUCGGAUCAAGAUUUUUUAUUAUGUUGCGUCUUUGCAUCUUUAUGAACAAAGAACAUCAUAAUCCCAAACAACAUCCUCCAUAAUUAACAUCCUCCCCACAGGUGCCACCCUGAAAUACGGCAGUCAACACUGGUAAUGUAAGCACAUUAAUGGCACUUAUACAACUGUGAAACGUUCAACUAAACAGGAUUUGAAAGUGAAAGAUUUAUUUUUGAAAUUACAGGCUCUAUUGGUUUUCUGGUUGUUAACUGGUUUGGUCAUCCUUCCAUGUUUGUUUUUCUUCACUUAGCGACUGAUUUCUAAUUAUGUACAUACUGUAGGCCCACAUGAAGACGAUUCAAUGCCAAAAUGUUUUUGGAUGAAUUUGACAACGUGCAUGUUUGUGCCAAAACAGCAGCAGGACGUCUGGUCGGUCGCCUGCUUCCAUUUUACCUGAGUAGUGCAUUUGCCAUGUGCUUGGUUUGUUACUUUAGAUGUUUCUUAGAGAAAACUGUCACUUCUGGCAUGUUCUAUCUCCUCUGUUCCCCACUCUGUCCCUAUGAGACGAUGACUGUAUGGGUUCUUCUGGACAAUACUCCUGUUUUAUCCCAGGUUGUUUACAUACCUCUCUUGGUCUCUGACUUGCAUGCUGAAUAAUUUCCAAACCAGGUGUUGGACAUGAUACUGUCGUCAUACUGUGGUUUGUGAAAUACUUUGUAAUGGAUUGCCUUAACAGGAGAUGAAUAAAACACUGAAAAC